UGAUCGAGACCUGCCUCCAGGUGGAUAACACAAAGACGAGGAGAAGCUUCUCUGGAACAAACUUAAACCAAUCGGACUCUUCUCCUGCAUUUUCUUCCUCUUUACGGAUCACAUAUCAAACACAUUCCGUCAAACAUGCCCGUGUCAAGGAUGAGGAUGAGGCCAUGGAUCGAGAAGCAGAUCGAGUCGAACGCCAUCUCGGGCCUGAACUGGAUGGACAUCGAUAAGACGAUGUUCUCCAUCCCCUGGAAGCAUGCAGCUCGCCACGGCUGGGAGAUGGAGAAGGACGCAAAUCUCUUCAAACAAUGGGCCAUCCACACAGGGAAACACGUGGAAGGUCAGACCUGCGACCCGAAGACCUGGAAAGCCAACUUCCGCUGUGCGAUGAACUCGCUGCCUGACAUCGAGGAGGUGAAAGACAAGAGCAUCAACAAAGGCCACCAAGCUGUGCGCGUCUUCAGGAUGCUGCCCGCCAGACCCAAAUCUAGAGAUAAACACUGCAAAGCGAAGGAAACAAACUCACGAAGGAAGAACUCAAUGAUCAAGAAGGAGGACGACGAGGACUACAGCGACACUCCCGUGCAAGAAGGCGCUUCAUCCACUCAGGAGAACACGGUCGACAGCACGAUGCAAACUGAGCAGCCAGAUUUCCCAUUUGUGCCUCCGUCUGAAGUCCCUGAAUGGAGUUUGUCGGUGGAAAUCGACUCCGGCUUUUCAAACAGCUUCAGCCAGAGAUUCGAAGUUUCACCCGAGCACAGCACCGACUACGACUAUUCCGAAGACAUUGUCAAGAUUUGUCAGCAACUGGAGAAAGACUCACACUGGAUGUUGGGCAGCUUUGACGGCACGGGGUUCCUGAGCAAUGAAGCAUGCACCAGUCCAGGCAGCCAGUGGAGUGAAUCGUCCUCAGUCGACGAACUAGAGGAGACGCCGCAGUACACGACUCUGGGCUCGGACAACCCAGCCGCGACAGACGACAUAUGGAAGAGCUUCUUCCAGCAGUCGUCGUGAGAGAUCUUCAGGACAAAAAGGACAGGAGAGCCCUGUUUGAUACUUUUGGACUUUGUAAAUAGAGCUCAUUCUGUCCUGUUGAAUCGACCGUCGGCCGCGGAUUGACAAUCCGAAGAUCCGUCUCCAUCCCCCUCAACCUUUGUGUGCCGUUGUGAGGUGCUCUGCUGUGUUAGAGGAACUCGCACGCUGAUCAUUUUAGAUGUUUUUGGCUGGUUCAAGGCAUUUUUGAUGCUCAGUUUCUUUUGUGAUGGUGGGUUGUAAUAGCAGAGGACUUGGGGCCAUAUGCAUGGGAUCAUACUCAUGAUUAUGUACGAGGUAGACAAUACUUACCUCAAAAUACAGAUACAUAAUCAGUGCGCUUAACAUUUGACGGCUAGUUAACAUGUAAAGUAAUUCACAUAAUCGCUUUCCUCUGUUAUCUGCAAAAGUAAGUCUUAGUUCAGGAAAAACUUCUCAACUUCUGGUAAAAGCUCUACAUAAAAAUCAUACAGUCCUUCACUUAAAGCAGUUGUAGUCAAUGUGUAUAUAUUUGUUUUUGUUUGUGUGUGGUUUUGUAAAAUAAAUGUGAAUGAAUAUGA